CUCCUUCCAAACACGCGAGAGAGUACAAAUCCAAAACCUGACCACAAAGCUGGUUUCGCAAAUCCGAUAAACCUAUCUAAUCCAAAAAUCCCUCCAAACACUUUCUGUCUUCGACUCGUGAGAAAAUUGCAGCGAAAGUUCAAAAAGAUGUCGAAGAAAGGAGGAGCAACGCUCGUGAAGGAUGCUCCAUGGCGGGUUGCGUCGGGAAGGCCAAUGCCCAGAAUCUAUCAUUCGCCGAUUCUUCGUAUCUCUCAAAGCCCACAUACCGAUUACGCGACCGCAGUAAUGAAGAACCCUAAUCCGGUGGGAAAUGGGUUGGCGAUGGAAGCGGUUCUGGAAUCGGCAGGGCCUGAAUGCAUUGUUCCAGGACAAGUUACACCGGUUCGCUUGCUUGGCGUUAAGGUUUGGCCUGUUGAAGUCGAUCUAAAAUUCUUGGAACCCGUGGGAAAAGAGUUGAAGCUGCUCGGGAAGUUCUUGGACAAUGCCGUGGACCUGAUGAAUAAAUCCUUCAUAGACCGUUAAUUAGUUAAUGCAGGUUUGGCUGGAGGUGGUUUCGGGAUCACAUGCCGUUCAAUCUGGUCGCUGGAACUCGUUAAAGGGUAAGCUUUUCCCGUGCUGAGGAGAUUGAAUGUGGUGUGCAUAUAUAUAUAGAGAGAGGGUUUUCUCUUCCUCAUGAGCAAUCUUACAGAUUUGUGAACUAUCUAGUUGAGGCUGUUUUAAGAAUCUGAAACUUCAAGAAGAACAACGUUCUGUUUCGUUUAC